AUGAAAAAUCUAACCCUUGUUGAUUCUGGAACAAUCAGUAUUUCUGCGGAAAGUUCCAAUGGAACUGCUCAUAAAGAGUUGGAGAUUUGUGUCCUAGACGCUCCAUCUGCUCCUCUCCAGUUGUGCAGCACAAACACAACUUUAAACGCGACUACGCUAUCAUGGAAAGCUCCUAGGGACACCAACGGGUCUCAAAUUAUGGGCUACAUUAUCCAGCGCAGAACAUUAGACCAUCCCAGGUGGCGAACAGUCGGCAAGACGAACGAAACGACCCUCACAUUUGAGGCAGGCGACCUAUUUUCGAAUGAGGAAUACGAAUUUAGAGUUAUAGCCGUAAAUAGCAUAGGGGAGAGUCCGGCAAGUAACCAGAUAGAGGUUGCCACCCUGAGUGAAAAUGAGGAAACCUUCGAAAUUCCUUUAGUUGAGGAAGUGACGUUGGAAGCUCCUGCGGCACCACUUAUUAAAAUAGAUGGCGUAAGAGUGGCUCUAACUUGGAAUGCUGUAGCUGGAGCUUUAUUUUACAAAAUCGAACGCUGCAAAGAAGGAGGUGAUUGGAUUGAAGUAGCAGUUGUGGCUAAAACAAUGUAUGUGGAUGCUUCUAUUAUGGAUGACAGCGAGUACAGCUAUCGAAUAACAGCGAAAAGCUUAGACUCAACAUCUUUGCCGAGUAGCAGCUCGAUCCCAACGUCACUCAAGGAGAAGAAGAUGACUGAACAAGACCGAAAAGGAACUGAUGAGAAGAAAAAUUUAAAAGAUGAAAUCAGUGAGAGCUGCAAGACUUUGGUCAAAGAAAAUCCGGAGGAUAACAAGGAGGAGAAAGUCGAGGAACAGGGAAGAGAGGAAGCUGCACCAAAAAUAAAGAAUAAAAAGCAUGCUAGCCCUGUAGAUGCCAUUUUGGACACUAAACAAAGGCUGAAAAAAAGAAAACCAGUAGAAGUUGAACGCAGAGCUUCGAUACAACAGGAAAGCAUAGACGUCAAACAACAGAAGCAGCCAGGGUUUGAAGAAAUGCGCGAUAAUGAGACAAAAGAUGCCGUUACCAAAAUAGAAUUGGAAGAAGUUGGAACAGGAAAAGCCGUAAAAAUCCAAAAUGAGUCUGACGCUACUCCA